CACUUUGAUGUUCGUCGGUGAGAUAAGAGCUUGUGCGCUCCCGCGAGCGCACAUGACGAGAUGAGAGAAUUAAUUCAAAUAUGUUGAUGAUUUAAUACUCGUGUAUGGUUAUUGCACCAUUUACAAUUCUGAGUGAAUCUACUAGAAACACAUCGAGUAACGGGCGUUUAUUUGUUUUGCGUGAAGUGGGAUGCCCUUUGCCGUGGCUCUGAAGACGAGCAUGGAUUAUUUCGGCGAGCCACCCGAUCUCGUGCCAUUGGCAUGGUGGGUGACACACAUUCGUUUCGAGAGCGUCUAACACAGAUGGACUCAGACGUUCUGGACAAAAUAUGCCGAAGAUGACCAUUGCCGUUUCAUUGUGCUUCCUGUUGUGUACAGAUGUGUUGGAUUUAGUCCUGGGCUAUUUAACCGUCACCAUUGAGCCCCUGCCACCUGUCGUCAUGGGAGACACCGUGACGCUGAAGUGUAAUUUCAGGACUGACGGCAACUUGCGAGAGAUAGUGUGGUUUCGGGUAAUGGAUGGUGGAAGCUCCAAACAGAAAAUAUUCACUUACGAUGCCAUGUACAAUGCCAACUUCUCCCACAUGGAGGAUUUCCGUAAAAGAGAAGAUCUUGUUUACCAGUCAACUGUAAGACUUCCUGAAGUUCAAAUGGAGGACAGUGGUCCCUAUGAGUGCCAUGUCGGUAUCUAUGACAGAGCGUCCAGAGAGAAGGUGGUCUUAGCAUCCGCAAGCAUAACUCUCAUUGUAAUGUCACCUCCCAGAUCAAUAUCAGUGGUGGCAGCUGAGCCUUACACUCGGUUUAACCGCUACGAAGCCCAGAACUUCACACUGGUGUGCAUCGUGAAGGGAGGAAAGCCCGCACCCAUGGUGUACUUUAAGAGGGACGGUGAGUUGAUCCAGGUGGUCCCAGACAGUAGAGGCCUGCAAGCAGCCCCAGGCCUUGCGUCACAACCCGGUCAAGCCCCACGACCAGGCCUAGGUCAAGGUCAAGCUCCACGACCCGGCUCUCCUCCAGGCCCAGCUUCAGAUAUGGCUCAUAGACCACUUAUCAGCAGAGACCUGGAUGACACCAAGAUCCAGAGGUCCCUCUCUCUCCUGGACCAGAACGGGGAGCCGGUGCGUCUGGACAUGGACGGCCCCCGGCCGCGCCCUAACACACCGGGCUAUUUGGACCCGGAGGCCAGCCCCACCACAGAGAUCAUCCCGGAGACGGUGAUCAGUCGAGAGUUCCCUCGCUGGGUGCAGAGCACCGACCCGCUGUACUACUUCAACCACUCACGCGUGGAGCUCGCCGACGGCACCAUGGAGGUGUAUGCCAUGCUCACCUGGAGCCUCAACCCCCAGCUGGACAACGACGCACUCUUCAGCUGCGAGGUCAAGCACCCAGCACUCUCCAUGCCUAUGCAGGCCGAGGUCACACUCUCUGCUCCAAAGGGGCCAAAGCUGUCCAUGACACCCAGUAAGGCGAAAGUAGGAGACACUGUUCGCAUGACCGUGGAGGGCUUCCAGCUAGGCUCCAAAGGGAACGAGGUCUUCCCAGAGCCUCUGUUCACGUGGACUCGGGUCGGCGGGCUCCUGCUGGACGGCACGGAGGAAAGGAUUGGGAAACAGUUAGUGCUGGAGCGGGUGCCCGCAGAGCUCAACGGCUCCAUGUACCGCUGCACAGCCCAGAAUCCUCUGGGCUCCACCAACACUCACACACGCCUUAUAGUGUUUGAGAAUCCAAGAAUUAAGAAAGGAGUAGCAGAAUUAACUGAUGCUGCCUCCAGUGCUAAAUGGCUGGGCUCGCUAAUGAUGCUGCUGGUUGCCGUAGCCCUGGGCUUGACGUGAUUGGCCGAGGAGGAGGCAUUCGCUAUGACACUCACGCUCUUCCUCUGACCGCAUCAGCUCUGCUGUCGUCUCAUCCUCCGCCCGCGGGCACUACCAUCAUCUGAGAGCCCUCCAUUGUGCUUCUUCUUCUAUUUACUUUUUCUAGCUUUCUUUAAGAGCCGCAGAACUAGAGGAGAGGCUAACAAGUUUAGAAAGAGGUCACCCACCAGAAUACCAAGUCCCUUUUUGUGUCAUUAGCAGGGUCUGUCUGUUUUCACUGGAAUCAACACUGGAAACUAGUUUGAGGUUAUGAGGGACUUGUACUAGUAUAUUUUGUUGACAUUUUGUGUUACUGAUGCACACCAUGCAUUUUCUUCCAUAACCCUUGUGCUUUAGGUUUCUGCAGGCUACUGUAAUGUGCUGCUGGACAUGUCUGUCCAGCAGAAUUGGCUCUGAGCUCAGCACUUGUUUAAAUACAGCCACAGAAAGUUUUACAAAUUGUAUAAUCACUUUAUUUAAUUCAACGCAAGGAAGUUGUCACUGCCGCACACACAACGCCUCCAUCUGAUUCUGAUCAGAAUUUCUAUUACAUCCUGUAGAUGGCAGUGUAGACCUGGGUUUGUAAUGUCCGCUGCACUUGAAGCAAAGUGUAAAUCUAUAUGAUUGGCUGUUGCAGAUUCACUUGAAUGUAUGAAUAUGGAAAAGAGUUGUAUAGGCUAUUUUUUGUUUUAGAAACAACUAUAGAUACAUUGGUGUUUGUAGAAUUCGCGCAGCCUGAAAGGUUUACAAUUUCCCACUUCUUUAAAACAUCUGUUUAUUUUGAACAAGUUUAUUUUUG